AUGAAACCCUCUGCGGACAUCUCCUCGUUAUCCGAGGACCUUGUGGUGUUCGACCUUAUCUUUGAUCUCAUCAUACGUUGCCUGGUCCUUCAUCUUAUCCGCGACAAAUUUUUCGACCUCCUCUGUAACCCCAUGGUCGUCCAUGCGCUUAUCCUACCACUGCACGCCCUUGUGAUUUCGGAGCUGCAUAUAAGGAAAGGUCAGAUCGUCAAAGAACCCAGUGGAAAGGAGCAUAUGGAGCCACAUAGCGCCUAUGUCUCUGGACCAUUUGACCAACUCGGUGAGUUCUCUCUGGCUACUUCCUGUCAUCCUUGUCUCUUCCUCCUCAAGUACGCGUAUGAAGAUCACGAGACAUUUGAAGUAGCGAUCGGUAGCCGUUGGGGCCUCUUCCUCUUCGAAGUCCCACUCGUCGUUCGCGAUUGGGUUUGGUUGAAGCAAGAGCCGCUGCCAGUCUUUGUUGUUGACGUAUUCAAAGUAUCGUCUAGUGGAUUGGAGGCCGUGAGCCCAAUCGCCUAA